AUGGCUAGCACACAGGGUGUCAACGUCCUCCGUUACUCGGCUCUCGUUGCCGGUCUCGUCUACGGUGUUUACCACCAGUCAACCCUCAACUCAGCAGCCAAGCGCGCCGAGAUCGAGCACGAGUACACACGCAAGGAGCGCCUGAUCGAGCAGGCCAAGGCCGAGUGGAAGAAGCGCAGCCAGCCUCAGGAGACCAAGACACAAGCUUCCGACCUGAUCACCGAUUUCGAGAACCCCAAGUUCGAUCUCGAGGCAUUCUUGCAGGCCAAGGCUGCUGAGAACCCUUGA